AAUGUGUUGCUUUUCGGGGAGACUGGAGUUGGGAAAAGUGCCAUCAUCAACCUGAUUACGGGACGCGACGUUGCGCAGACGUCGCCAGAUACAGAAACCUGCAAUCUCGAACAUACUUCCCACAAAGUCACUCUUGGAGAUCGCUGCUUCAAACUUUGGGAGGUUUCCUCACUCGAAUCAAUGGGUUUUUUUCGGACUCUUUCUGCAAGAUGGCUCCUUAAAAAGUCGUACAACAAGCUGUACAGAAAUGACGGAGUCUGCCUUCUUUUGUAUUGCAUGAGGGAUUCAAGGGCCCAGAGGGCACUGCUUAGGGACUAUAAAUUUUUC